GGCGGUUCUGCUCAACAGACGCUGGGCUGCCGGCGCCGGGGAGCGCCGCUGCAGUUGCCGGGGCAGACGCGGCGGCAGAAGGUCGUGCCCUCGCCGUGCUACCGCGACGGCCGCGCCGGGGUCCCCAGGAGGCGGCACGGGGCGUGAAUGCUCUGGGGCUCAGCCAGGCCUGCGUGGGCCCGAGGCCGGAGGAACCCGGGCCCCGGCGUCGUGAACUGAGAAAUACUUUUUCCUACAGAGUACUUUGUAUAGAAGACGGAAUUCCUCAGAUUCUUGCUGAAAUCUGUUAAUUCUACUUUUUGAGCACACAUGAAUAACCACGUAUCUUCAAAACCAUCUACCAUGAAGCUAAAACAUACCAUCAACCCCAUUCUUUUAUAUUUCAUACAUUUUAUAAUAUCACUUUAUACUAUUUUAACAUACAUUCCAUUUUAUUUUUUCUCUGAGUCAAGAAAAGAAAAAUCAAACAAAAUUAAAGCAAAGCCUGUAAAUUCAAAACCUGAGUCUGCAUACAGAUCUGUUAAUAGUUUGGAUGGGUUGGCUUCAGUAUUAUACCCUGGAUGUGAUACACUAGAUAAAGUUUUUAUGUAUGCAAAAAACAAAUUUAAGAACAAAAGACUCUUGGGAACACGUGAAAUUUUAAAUGAGGAAGAUGAAGUACAACCAAAUGGAAAAAUUUUCAAAAAGGUUAUUCUUGGACAGUAUAAUUGGCUCUCCUAUGAGGAUGUCUUCGUUCGAGCUUUUAAUUUUGGAAAUGGCCUUCAGAUGUUGGGUCAGAAACCGAAGACCAACAUUGCUAUCUUCUGUGAGACCAGGGCCGAGUGGAUGAUUGCUGCACAGGCGUGUUUUAUGCAUAAUUUUCAGCUUGUUACAUUAUAUGCUACUCUUGGAGGUCCAGCAAUUGUUCAUGGAUUGAAUGAAACAGAGGUGACCAACAUCAUUACUAGUAAAGAACUCUUGCAAACAAAGUUGAAGGAUAUAGUUUCUUCGGUCCCACGUCUGCGGCACAUCAUCACUGUCGAUGGGAAGCCACCAGCCUGGUCCGAGUUCCCCAAGGGUGUCAUUGUGCACACCAUGGCUGCAGUGCAGGCUCUGGGAGCCAAGGCCAGCACGGAAAACCAAACUCAUAGCAAACCAUUGCCCUCAGAUGUUGCAGUAAUCAUGUACACAAGUGGAUCCACAGGACUUCCAAAGGGAGUCAUGGUCUCACAUAGUAACAUUAUUGCUGGUAUAACUGGGAUGGCAGAAAGGAUUCCAGGACUGGGAGAGGAAGAUGUAUACAUUGGAUAUUUGCCUCUGGCCCAUGUUCUAGAAUUAAGUGCUGAGCUCGUUUGUCUUUCUCAUGGAUGCCGCAUUGGCUACUCUUCACCACAGACUUUAGCAGAUCAGUCUUCAAAAAUAAAAAAAGGAAGUAAAGGAGAUACAUCCGUGUUGAAACCGACACUGAUGGCAGCUGUUCCGGAAAUCAUGGAUCGGAUCUAUAAAAAUGUCAUGAAUAAAGUGAAUGAAAUGAGUAGUUUUCAACGCAAUCUGUUUAUUCUGGCCUAUAAUUACAAAAUGGAACAGAUCUCAAAAGGAUGUAGCACUCCAUUGUGUGACAGCUUUGUUUUCCGGAAAGUUCGAAGCUUGCUAGGUGGAAAUAUUCGGAUUCUCUUGUGUGGUGGUGCUCCACUUUCUGCAACCACCCAGCGAUUCAUGAAUAUCUGUUUUUGCUGUCCCGUUGGUCAGGGAUAUGGACUUACCGAAUCUGCUGGGGCUGGAACAAUUACAGAAGUGUGGGACUACAAUACUGGCAGAGUGGGAGCACCGUUAGUUUGCUGUGAAAUCAAAUUAAAGAACUGGGAAGAAGGUGGAUACUUUAAUACUGACAAGCCACAUCCUAGGGGUGAAAUUCUUAUUGGUGGCGAAAAUGUGACAAUGGGAUACUACAAAAAUGAAGCAAAAACAAAAGCUGAUUUCUUUGAAGAUGAAAAUGGACAGAGGUGGCUCUGUACUGGAGAUAUUGGAGAGUUUGACCCUGAUGGUUGUUUAAAGAUUAUUGAUCGUAAAAAGGACCUUGUAAAACUACAAGCAGGAGAAUAUGUUUCUCUUGGGAAAGUAGAGGCAGCUUUGAAGAAUCUUCCACUAAUAGAUAACAUCUGUGCAUAUGCAAAUAGUUAUCAUUCUUAUGUCAUUGGAUUUGUUGUGCCAAAUCAAAAGGAGCUAACAGAACUAGCUCGAAAGAAAGGACUCAAAGGGACUUGGGAGGAGCUAUGUAACAGCUGUGAAAUGGAAAAUGAGGUACUUAAAAUACUUUCUGAAGCUGCUAUUUCAGCAAGUCUGGAAAAGUUUGAAAUUCCAGUAAAAAUUCGUUUGAGCCCUGAACCCUGGACCCCUGAAACUGGUUUGGUGACAGAUGCCUUCAAACUGAAACGCAAAGAGCUUAAGACACAUUACCAGGCGGACAUUGAGCGAAUGUAUGGAAGAAAGUAAUUAUUCUCUUUUGGCAUCUGUUUGCUACAGUGAGCUCAGAUCAAAUAGGAAAAUACUUGAAAUGCCUGUCUCAAACUGUGAGGCAAACUCCAUUCCUCAUUAAAUCUAAAAUGUUAUUUCUCAUAACAUCACCAUUUUUAACCGACAGGAUUAGUAAAAUAUUAAGACAGCAAACUUGUGUCUGUCUCUUCUUUCUUUUUCCCCUCCUCCAGUUUACUUUACCACCUAUGACUGUACUUGUUAGUAUGAGAAUUUUUCCGAAUCAUAUUGGGGAAACAGUGAUUUUAAAACCUCAAGUUUUUAAACAUGAUUUAUAUGUUCUGUAUAAUGUUCAGUUUGUAACUUUUUAAAGUUUGGAUGUAUAGAGGGAUAAAUAGGAAAUAUAAGAAUUGGUUAUUUGGGGGGCUUUUUUACUUAAGUGUAUUUAAAAAUACAAGGGUAUUGAUAUGAAAUUAUGUAAAUUUCAAAUGCUUAUGAAUCAAAUCAUUGUUGAACAAAAGAUUUGUUGCUGUGUAAUUACUGUCUUGUAUGCAUUUGAGAGAAAUAAAUAUACCCGUACUUAUGUUUUAA